AUGCUGUCAACAUCGUUACGCCGGGCGGCAUGGACUCCCAUGCCGCUGCCCGGGAUCACUCGCUCCAGCCAGAAUGUUAGCAGCAGCCUGCUGGGCGCAACCCGACCUUUGCACCAGCGCCGGUAUUCCUCCUCAUCCUCCAAACCGCCUGUCCCACCCAGCGACGGCUCCCGACGACUGGAUACUACACCCGCCAAGGGUGUGAACUCUUCCAGCGAGAAGAGCAAGGCCACCCGCCGUCGCGGCAAGGACAGCGCUACCCGACACGCAUCGUCAAAGUCCGAUCCACAGCAUACGGCAUUUUCCAAGCUCCCGAGCGUCCCCUCCACACAGCACCGACAACCGCAUGAUGUUCAUGUGGCGUCGUUCUUCUCCAUCCAUCGCCCAAUCUCGGUGACUACCACUGUGCCCCCGACCUCGAGCACUGAUGCUUUCGAAGCGAUCUUCUCCUCGAAGCGUCCCUUGAAGAACGAACCAGAGGAUGUCAUUUUCACUCUCUCCUCGGCUGUCCAGAACAUGGAGCAUGGCCAGCAGGCCAUGUCAGAGUCUGAAGACCAGUUCCGCACUUUCAGCGAACAGGACGGUGAACUCCGCAUGUUGGAUGGUGCCGAAGCGAAGAUGUCCGUGGAGGAUUACACCCGCCGUCUUCGACCUUUCCAGCCUCCUCCUCCCCCCGUCCCCAUGGACGCAUCCGCCAUCGAGGCCGAGUCCACAGAUGCCCAGAUCGACAACGAGUACCAAACCUACUCUACUGUCCUGACGAUCCGCGAGGCUCGCGGCCUUGAUGGUCGCAAGACCUACGAGGCACACACAGGCCCAUUCGUUCGCAGCGAGGAGAUGGAAGCCCCCGGCAUGCACGAAGAAAUUUCCAUCGAGGCUCCCGCCGAUUCAACCGGUGCGACAUACAUGGAGCGCUUGCGCAACAACCGUACCAUGCACGCCCUCAGCACCAAGCGAAGACGCCAGGCCAAGAUGAAGAAGCACAAGUUCAAGAAGCUGAUGAAGAGAACGCGUACCCUGAGACGGAAGCUCGACAAGUAG